AUGACCAUACUCAUCGACACCGCCGAACUAGCGGGCCUCGCUGUGGAAGGUGUGCUCUAUGGCAUAUUCCUCUGCUUGUUCUGCGUGUGCGGAUACGACCUCGCCAACCGCCGCGGCCAAUUCAGGCGCAGGCUGAGUUGGCCGAUGGCUGCGGCGGGCGUACUCCUCAUCCUGUUCGCGACUGCGCGCUUUGCCGUGGAUUGCGCGAACAUCUUCACGGCGUUCAUCCGCCAUGACCCUCGGACGGCGCGCCUUGGCUACCUGCAGGACGUGAAGGAGCCGCUGUUCACGACCAAGCACUGCCUGUUCAUCGCGGACCUGCUCGUGGGCGACUCGUUCGUGAACUAUCGUUGUUGGGUCGUUUGGGGGAAGAACUUCUGGGUCAUUGUGAUACCCGUCACCUUCUCCCUCAUCAGUGCAGUGUCCGGCUCGUACACGAUGUGGGCGUACACCAACCUCCCCAACGAAGCGAUCCACACCGAGGCCACCUGGCUUACGGUCUUCUUCUCCCUCAGUCUCGUAGCCAACGCUAUGGCGACAUCACUGCUGGCUUAUCGUAUCUGGUCUAUCGACCGCCGGCUGAAGAACGCGCUCGACACGGAGGCGGACCAGUCGCGCCUCACCCCAAUCGUGCGCAUCAUCCUCGAGAGUGGGCUCAUCAACGCCGCAUACCUCUUCGUCAUGGUCAUGACGCUCGAGUUCGGCUCCGAGAUCCUCGAGCUCAUGUCCGAGAUGGCGGUCCCGCUCACUGGCAUCAUCUUCUCGAUCGUCAUCCUGCGCGUCGGGCAGCAGCGGCAUGACGAUAGCUUCUACACCACGCAGCGGUCGACGACGUUCUCCUGGGCGGGCCCUCAGAAGCGUGUGUCUGCGUCGAAUCCGACUGCGACGAGCCUCACCGCAGGUGGGUCUGUGGGCAUGCCGCUCGAGGUGUACGUCCACGACAGCACCACGAAAACCCGGGACGGAAGUACGGAGGUAUCAAGUUUCACAAAUGGUACAGCUUAG